CCGGUCCAUGAGCGGAAGUGCUGACCGCAUCCAGAAGUUGCGGAAAGAGUAUUAUCAGGCUCGGAGAGAAGGUUUUGCUUUAUAUGAGGAUGAUGAAGGAAGAGCAAGACCCGACUAUGACCUUCACUGGGUGUCUGGAAAGGGUCCAGAUGGGAACACACACAACCUCCGCUUUGAGGGGAUGGAGCGACAGUACGCCUCCUUACCCAGGGGAGGACCAGCAGAUCCUGUGGACUACCUGACAGCCACAUCUCGAGGGCUCUACAAGGAAAGAGAGCUUCCCUAUUACCCAGGGGCUCAUCCUGUGCAUCCACCCAAAGGAAGCUAUCCUCGCCCCCCAGACCUGAGAGUCACAGAUCUCCGGUAUCCCCAGUACUAUCCACCCCCACCAGCCCCCCAGCACAAAGGACCUUUCCGACAAGAUGUCCCGCCUUCCCCUCCUCAGCACCACAGAGUACCAGCCUACCCAGAAAUGGGCAGACCAGGGCCCCGAGGGAGCAGCCCAGAUCAGUAUCCCUAUCGAACCCAGGAUCCCAGGCAGAAGAACCCCAUGACCGCAGCCGUGUAGCUGACCACCACCAAGCUCAGCCCAGCCCGGGAUGGAAGACAUCCAACAUCACCUUUGUCCUUCCUACACCUUAAGGCCUUCUUCCUAUUGAGAAUUCUCUAUGGUACAGGUUGGAUUUUUCUCACUGAAGCUGCAAUACUUGACCACUAAUCAGAAAGAAUGGAGUAGGAGUUUGGGGAGGGAACUCAGAAGGAAAAGGAAGGAUAGGGCCAUAAAAACAAAACUGUCUGAUAUCUGAAAUAUAUUUAGAAUUGUUCAGUUCACUGAGAGUGGCAGUUGAACAGGCAAAUAGCAGUGGAGAUCUACAGCAUGGCCACCUCCCUGGAACACAAACAUGCAUAGCAUUGGCGUCAUGGAGGGGAGAGGGGCCAGUCUGUCUGGGACAUCAUCCAUUCAGAAGCUAAGCUGCAGCCACCUCCUGAAGUUGUUAAGUCUGUGAAGAAUAGCUACAAAUAUGGGCAUCCUAAGAGAGUAGUCUUCGCAUUGAGAAAACAAACAUGAAGAGUGAGCUCCUUGAAAUGUUUUGUACCCAGAGGAAGGCUGCAUUUAUUUGUAGCAUUUCUCAGGUUCUCAGUACCACUCACUUGGUAAAAGCAUUUCGCGUUUCCUCACUUUUUAUAUAAAAAAAUGUGAAUGCAGUAUUAGUUUCCUGGGAGAAUUCACAAAGCUAGUCAGAGCUUCCAGAACAAAUCUAUGCCUAGGAUCAAGGCAAUCAGAUUAAAAGGCUAUAAUUUCCAUGGUCCUCACCUUCCUUUCUCCCACAUCCCAGGCAAGAUAGCAUAGAGCUAUCUGGCUUCAGACUCAUCCCCAAAUCUCCUGCUUGUCAUUAUUGUAACUGGGGCCUUUACUUUAAGACUCCCACUUGAGAGCGGAGAUGUACUCAGGAAAGAGAGGACCCACUGGUGAGGUCACACAGGAAGCAGUGCUCUGAAGAUGCCAAUUCUAGACUCAGUGCCAAAUAGCACCAGAUGCACCCAGGGUCGGGAAAGGGCUGACGGUGCUCUUUGGGAAUGAUAACUAGCAAGCAAUAGUAGUGUGUGUGUAUGUGUGCGUGUUUAUGAAGGUGUAUGAUUACCAGUAUGGAGAAUGGGGGAAAGAAAAUACCUUCUGGAAAGUUUGAUGAAGAAGAGAACAAAAAGAAAAACAACAAACCAGAAGGGAAGGGAGAAGGAGCAUAAAACUAAAUCAUUCUACAUCUGCUCUAUUUCAUUAACACGAGUCAGAGCAAGACUAAGGCCAAGGUCUCCAGUUGGGGAAAGGUCUUAUGGCUUUGCAAAGCUAAAAACCCCACCCUCCAAAAUCCCUCACAUUUCUUUAGAGCUUUGCACAUAUAUUCUACUUAUUUCAACAUAGAUUAGAACCUCUAAACCCUGACCCAAAUGAGAACACAAGACUGCGAAACAGCAAAGCAUGGAGAAGCAACUCAAAGUGCUCAGUGACCCCUGCAGUCCUCUAAGCCUUUGUGCACUCCUUCUUCAGCCUCUUCCCCCCAAAAUGUCUUGAGCUCAGCUCAGACAUUCUGGCUGAGAUUAGAAUACCUCUGACGGCUAGGAUUUAAUAAAUUAUAGUAUUGAUGUUAUUGAAUACAUAGAGUAUCUAUCCUGCCCGGUUUAGUAUUUUUUUUUAAAUUUAAAAUAUAGUUCUGUUACCAAGAAUGAUGCAGCUGCUGGGUUUAGACUUAACUAGUGUUAUUUACUGAACUUUAAGAGGUAUCAUUUUCUAAACUACAGUUUACUUACGGCCCUCUUGGGAAUAGAUUGUCGAGUUGUUUUUGGCCCUCUGUCAUCUCUCUUAAGCCAGGCACCUUUAGAUUGUUUGCAAUUUGUUCUGAGGUUGAGGACUGGGCCCUUCUCACCUCAAGGUGUAAUGUAGGUGAGCCAUAGGGUUUCCCUACCAACAAGCUGCAAGCUGUCUUCCCUCGAGCUAAAUAAACCUUCAAGAAGACAAUGAUGAGAGAAGUAGGAUGUAUUUUGAAGCAAUAAAAGCCAGCUCUUCAGAAUGUUCCAUAGUUUAACCAAAUUUCUAUAGACUACUGGAUAUAGCCAAGUCAGAGGUUUCCUUCUGGAUUAAGGCCAAGUUCCCCCAGGGGGCAGUGAUGGAAGGUGAGACACUCACAGCAGCCCCAGCAGGAAGAAUGCCCAUCUUUUCACCACGUGGCCACCUUGUGAGCAUGGCAUCUCCUGCACUAAGGCUCAAGGAGAGGUGCUCCAAGCAUGGUUUUCAGUGUGUGUGCUCGGUUGCCCAGUCGUGUCCCACUCUGCCACCCCAUGGACUGUAACCCACCAGACUCCUCUGUCCAUGGACUUUUCCAGGCAAGAAUAUUGGAGUGAAGUUGCCAUUUCCUCCUCCAGGGCAUCUUCCUGACCCAAGGGUGGUCGAACUGGCAUCUCCUGCAGUGGCAGGUGGGUUCUUUACCACUGAGCCAGGUGGGAGGCCCUUUUGUGUUGUAUACACACGCAGUAAAGCAAUUGCUAAUUCUGAGGGGCAGCCAAGGAUGUGAAUGUACUAUUAAAAGUAAUGGGAACAGAUUAUAGCAGUUUUCUUUUCCUCCUUGAAGUAUAACACAUGACCUAUUUGACCUUACCCAGAAGAAGCCAACAUUGUGUAUGACAGUCUUCAUCAAGUCGAGUAACAGUUAAAACAGCUUGAAUGUAAGCUUUAUAAAUGCCUGUGAACCAACCCAACUGUCACCACCCAGAGGUUAUGGAACUCUUUCCCAGUAUUUAGAAGAACAGGUUGUUUAGAGUAUUGAGAAGACCAGGCUAUAAUCAGUGGGCUCCGAGUAGGGGGAAAUAGUUCCUGAUUUAUUUUUGGCCUUGGUAAACCUCAGUCAGGUGUCUCCUUGUAGCUCAGAAUGCAAACAGCCCCCCAAGAAAAGGUGGCACGGAGAGCUUGGUGAGCUGAAAACCCAUCAAUGUACACCUGCCUGGCUCCUGAUCUGACCACUGGGUCAUCCAGAGCUUGGAGUGAUGUGUUGACCUCAAGUCACUGGAUAUUUUAAGGAGCUCUUUUUCUGUCCCUUUUUGCAGGAGUAGAGAGAUGUAAGGGAGCAGACCACAGAAUACUUUUAGAUGCAGGCGAACUCAGUCCUCUACAAGGGAGAGAAGAAACACAACAUCUCACUAACCCUUCGUGUCAUUGGGCUGUGUCAGGAUCACUCUUCGUAUAAUAUUGCUUCCUCACAAUAUCACAUCACUGGAUGAAAGGAAAGUUCAGAGUCAGGAGUAUUUUCUCAAAUCAUGGCUGAGUAACAACAAAAAGUGGGGGGAAAUUUACUGUGAAGCUCCUUGUUAGGUUUUUAGAUCUGUAUGUGUUGACUUCACAGUAUAGUACAGAGCAAAGAUCUUAUAAUCAAGAGCACCAUCACCCCAAGAAGGAAACUCUAUGCACACGAACUGAUAAAGGAGAUUUGAGACUUCACUGUAGCUUGAUUUUUACAAAAUAACAAAAUUAAAACAUGGUUCAUUAUUCCUUCCGAAGAUUUAUGAACUUCUUGAAUGAAACCUAUUUUCUGAAGGAAAUCCACCUGAUAAGUUUUAGAGUUGCUAUGCAUAGGGUUGAUACGUCCCUUCCUUUUCUUUGGAGCAACAUCUUAGUAUUUCAGGGGGAUAGAGAGAGCUGGAGAAUUCGGUGUGGACAGCAAUGUGUGUCUAUAAAAUUCCCAUCAGCAUUAAACUCUGAAAUUUACAAUGAACAGCCUUCAAAUUGGUGCUAAAUUGGGUAGACACCCUGCUGCUUUCUGAGUCCAUGAGCAAAAUUCAACUCAGUCCAGAUUUAGUGCAAUUAGGCAGGAGGGUGUUGGGAGUCAGAAACAGCCCACGAUGGUAUUUCUCUGUACUCGCAGUUCACACCGACUUAAGUGGAAAUGAUGCCACAAUGAGACCAGAAAGAGGAGUCUCCGUAAGAUAGCCCUACAAAGUCACCUUUCUGAUAAAAAGGAGAAUGAAAGUGAGAUAUCUAAAAUAAGCCUAGAAUCUCCUAUGCAGCGCAGCUUCUGAGGGGAACUCUUUCUCCCUCAUGUCCUUCCAUAGUAAUAGAAUCUCACACAGCCUGACUUUUAAAGGUGGGUUUCACUACAGCGCAAAGUGGAGAGUGAACUCCCACCCAGACUGUCUCCUGACUCAGCUCUUUCAGACAGUGUUACGUUCCAUCUCUGCUGACUGCAGUGCUGUUUACUACUGGGAACAUAAAAACAAAACCUGCUGUUUUUACAGUCACUUUUUCUAGUGUUUUCCUUUGCUUAUAUGAUACCAAGUCUGUUCAUAAGUUCUGAAGAUAAAUUAUGUGAAAUCAUAUUUUGGCAUAUGAUUGAGGGUGGAGAAUGAAUUCUUUACGGUCUUUUUUGGAUGAUCCCAUUUGUACCACAGAAACAUUUUGGAUAUUGUUAUAUAUGAAUAUAUAAAUUUUUCUUGUUUAUUUUGCAUUAAAAUAAAGCUUUAUUCAGUCAGUAA